AUAGGCAGGGCAUUCUCCAACAACCUAAAAAAGAUUGCAUACCUAGGCUAAUGGAAAGCUAUGAUCCAAGAACCAAUAUUAGUGUUGUUUUUUAUGCUGGUAUUUUCUUAUGAUGACUUGAAAACAAUGUUUUAUUUUUGAUGACCCCACCAGGUUUGCCCUGAGAAUAUAGAGAUGAGAUCACUCGAACGUGCUAUCAUAUCUCCCUUAGCAACCCUUUAUUCUUCAACACAAAGCAUUGAUAUUCGUGUUGCAUUGCUUAAAAUUCUUCUUCAUGUUUUGGAGAGGCAUGGAGAAAAGCUGGAUUAUAGCUGGCCAUAUAUUCUUGACAUUCUAAGGUCUGUGGCGCAUGCCGCUGAGAAGGAUCUCAUUUCUCUUGGAUUCCAGUGCCUCCGCAUUAUUAUGAAUGAUGGCCUUUCAUCAAUACCUACUAAUUGCCUUCAUGUUUGUAUCGAUGUUACUGGAUCAUAUUGUGCAUAGAAAACUGAACUAAACAUUAGCCUGACAGCUGUAGGCUUUCUAUGGACUUCUAUUGAUUUUCUUGUCAAGGGGGCCAAGGGGCUUCAAGAUGCUCACGAAGAACAUAAAGAAUCUGAUAAAAUAAACAAUGGGAUUAUGGAGGAGUAUAAUCUCACUUCUUCAAAUAAUUAUAGGGAGCAAGCAUUACAGCUUAACGUAAUUGAUCGUGACAAAUUGUUAUUUUCUGUUUUCUCAUUACUACAAAGUCUGGUAGCUGAUGAGAGACCUGAGGAAUUGUACCAGGAGAAUUCUGAUUUCAAAGAGAUCUCUGAGAAAUGUUUGACGCGCCCCUAUAGAGAUUUCUUAAUCAAAGAUGGAUUUCUAU